CAUUCCCUUUCCUCAAGUUCUCUGCUGGAAGCAGAUGCCAGUGCAGCGUGGAGUGGCCACCAGAGGGUGCCCUGUGGCAAGAGUAAGGUGGGCGGAGAGGUGGAGGCUGGGCUGGUCUCUGUUCCUGGAAUGGGCCAGGAGGGAGGAGGAGCAAGCGGAAGGGGACUGUGUCACGGGCCCGCUGGCCUGGGGGACGAAGACGGCCUCCCGGUGGCCAGUUUGGGUGUCCUGGGACCUUGGCAGCAGCAGGGCAUGGCAGAUUCUGCUCAGGCCCAGAAGCUGGUGUACCUGGUCACAGGUGGCUGUGGCUUCCUGGGGGAACAUGUGGUCCGCAUGCUGCUGCAGCAGGAACCCCGGCUCUGUGAGCUGCGCGUCUUCGACCUACACCUGGGCCCCUGGCUGGAGGAACUGGAGACAGGGCCCGUGCAGGUGACUGCCAUCCAGGGGGACGUGACCCAGGCCCAUGAGGUGGCAGCGGCUGUGGCCGGAGCCCACGUGGUCAUCCACACAGCUGGGCUGGUGGAUGUGUUCGGGAGAGCCAGUCCGGAGACCAUCCAUGAGGUCAACGUGCAGGGCACACAGAAUGUGAUCGAGGCUUGUGUGCAGAAUGGAACACGCUUCCUGGUCUACACAAGCAGCAUGGAAGUUGUGGGGCCCAACAUCAAGGGCCAGCCCUUCUACAGGGGCAAUGAGAAUACCCCAUACGAGGCAGCACACAGACAUCCGUAUCCUCGCAGCAAGGCCCUGGCUGAGCGGCUGGUCCUCGAAGCCAACGGAAGGAAGGUCCGCGGGGGGCUGCCCCUAGUGACGUGUGCCCUGCGUCCCACUGGCAUCUAUGGUGAAGGCCACCAGAUCAUGAAGGACUUCUACCACCAGGGCCUGCGCCUGGGGGGUCGGCUCUUACGGGCCAUCCCGGCCUCUGUGGAGCAUGGCCGGGUCUACGUGGGUAACGUGGCCUGGAUGCACGUGCUGGUGGCCCGGGAGCUAGAGCACCGAGCGCCACUGAUGGGUGGCCAGGUGUACUUCUGCUAUGACAACUCACCCUACAAGAGCUACGAGGACUUCAACAUGGAGUUCUUGGGCCCCUGCGGACUGCGGCUGGUGGGCAGCCGCCCGCUGCUGCCUUACUGGCUGUUGCUGUUUCUGGCCACCCUCAAUGCCCUGCUGCAGUGGCUGCUGCGGCCGCUGCUGCUCUAUGCGCCCCUGCUCAACCCCUACACGCUGGCCGUGGCCAACACCACCUUCACUGUCAGCACAGACAAGGCUCUACGCCACUUUGGCUAUGAGCCCCUGUUCUCCUGGGAGGAGAGCCGGGCCCGCACUAUCCGCUGGGUGCAGGCCGGGGAAGACUCCACCCAAUGACAGUAGGGCUGGGGCCCGGAGCCUGGCGUGGCCCAGCCAUCCGGGUCCAGGGCCCUCAGAUCCUGGGUGGGGACGCAUUCUAGAGCUGCAGGAGGGGCCUGGUGCCAGACUGCCCAUCCUAGAGCUCUCAUUUUAAUCCACAAGCCUUGGGUCUGUGUCCUGAUGUCUAGUUCUCAGGCAGGUGUGUCUUCUUCACUCUCAACCCAGGCCUGAUGUCUCACUUUUCGAUUUUUUUUUUUUUUUUCUUCUUUUUUGGCUGCCCAGCAGCAUGCGGAUUUCCCAGGCCAGAGAUCAGAUCCAAGCCGCAGUCGUGACCUAAGCCACAGCUGCAGCAAUGCCAGAUCGGAUCCCUAACCCACUGUGCCUGGCUGGGGAUCGAACCUGUAUCCCAGCGCUCCCAAGAGGGUGCCAAUCCUGUUGCACCACAGCGGGAGCUCCCGGUUUCUGACUUUUCAAGCAGGAAGUGGGUAGACGUUCCACAGGCCUCGUGCUGAUGUCCAGGCGUGAUCCUCAGGUUUGGAUUCAGAGUGAAGAUACUUUCUGGCUCCUCCCACCACCUUAGUUCUGCCUUGGGGGUUACAGACCCAUCAUUUUAAACCAUUUAUUACCUUUAUGCAUUUCUUUUUUAAUUCUCUUCCCUAAAGGCUGAGGAAAUCUGUGUAUUUUCACAGCUUCCCACCCCUCUAACCCAUAUCAGUUCCUGAAAUAUUGUUAGACCCCUGCCUGACGACGCCCCAGCAAUGCUGUACCUGGCUAAGCCCUGGAAUAAAACGAAUUCUCCAA